CGGUAGUUGAGAAACAUUUACAAUAGAGAUUAGAGGUAGUGAAGUUGGCAACAUAUAUCCAGACAGAGUUUCUUUUAUGGCUACUCUUCUUCAGUUCCAGUUCCAGUUCCAGUUCCAUUCUAUUUGUGAGAAUUCUCUGCGGAAGCUUAAGCGAAAGCCACAAUUCCGGAGAAGCGCCAAUCAUGGGUUAUUCCGUGUAUCUGCUGGUGAAUCAGGAAUACAAAAGACAACAGAGGCACUAGUUGUAUCCAGAAGUCCCGGCGUAUUGGAUCAUGUUUUUCUGAAUUUAUUCCGCAACAAGAUGGUGCAGGAAGUUGGAUGGGAUUCGGAGAAGGCGGGUUACGAUGGACUAAUAGACGUAGCCAAUCGUCUUAUGCUUGCCAGAACCAACUCUCAAACCCAGGAAGCAGCGGUUCGCAUAUUAAGAUCGUUAUUUCCUCCGUUGUUGUUAAAGCUCUACAAAAUCCUCAUUGCGCCUCUUGCUCAAGGAAAAGUGGCUGCUGUAAUGGUUGCAAGGGUGACUGCAGUAUCUUGUGAAUGGCUGAUGGGUAGUUGCAGGGUUAACACUGUGGAUCUUGGCGAUGGAUCUUCAUUGCCGAGUGGGGUGUUUGUUGAAAGAUGCAAGUAUCUAGAGGAAAGCAAAUGUGUGGGGAUAUGUUUGAAUACAUGUAAACUUCCUACUCAGGCCUUCUUUAUGGAUCACAUGGGAGUGCCGCUAGUUAUGGAGCCAAACUUUGAUGAUUAUAGCUGUCAGACAAUUAUUAUUCGAGGACGUGCAGUUUAAAUUUGGAGUUUCCCCUCCGGAGGAGGAUAGCAGUUUGAAGGAGCCUUGCCUGGAGGUAUGUCCCAAUGCCAUCCGCCGCAGAACAACCACAACACUUGAAAACAAGUGCCCAAAGGCAUAAACCAUACUGAUACCAAUACCAUGUAUCAAACUAACAUCUAUCUAUCUAGUUUUGAGAGCAUUCAAUGUUGAUGUUUGUUUGUUACAGACUACUAAAAUGAAAUGUAUAUUUCCUCCCUUUACCCCAUUACUCUGUCAUUUGUUAAACCUGAUGAAUAUGGUAAAGGUAAAGGCAACAUAGGAAUUGGGGGCUUCCCUCCAGAAGGAGAAUGGUUGUGAUAAUGUGUUGGGUUAUCUUCUUAGCAUUUCACCCCCUCCCCCAUAUCCCAGCACACAGUCCAGUCCAGUCCAGUCCAGUCCGCCCAUCUCUAAAGUCUUAACUAUUAAUCUAUGACUAUUACCAUUCAUCACCAUUUCACACUUCACCAUUGUAUUUGUAUUUGUAUUUGUAUUUGUACUGUAGGAAUCAUAUGCAAAUCAAUUUCUAACUCAAUUCUCCUCUCUAACCAAUGCAAAAUACAUUAUUUAAACU